AUGAAUUUAAAUUAUGAUGCAUAAAAGUCUUAAGAUAAUGUUAAAUCUCAUGAUGAAGCUAAAGAAUCAUACUUUUCUAACAGUAAGGUGUUAGAUUUUCAAAAUAUUGAUUAAUAUAAUGAUUCAAAUAAUUUUGCUUCAUUUUAUGCAUUAAAUAGACUUAGUAAUCGUUUAGAAAGUACAUAUAAGAUAUAUAAAAGAUAGAGCUUCCUAUAAUUAAAAUAAUUAAUCUGUGGUAUUAAUGCAAAAGUACAAAAAACAAAAAAUGAUAAGAACUGUCUUUUUUUAUACAUAUUUGUUAAUAACAAUAUUUUAGCGUCCAUCCUGGUGCAAUUUUGUAGAUUAUUAAGUAUAAACUAUGCUAUUUUAGGAAUACUGUAGUUUAUAAAACGGUUAGAAGAUACCUACAAUGGUAAAUUUUUAUUUUCCAAUAAACUUGUAUUAUUGUGUUGAAAUACUGAUCGUUUUAUAUCUUUGCUUGAGUAAGGUAUAUAAAAGAUAAAUUUUAAGGUUUUUAAAGCUACAAUAAUCGGAUAACCAAAUUAUAAAAAAAUAGGUAUAGUUUUACUUAUAAUAAUGAUUUUAAUCAUUAUCAAUGAUAUUACAGUGAUGAUACUAGAGAAUAACAGUCCAAUUAACAUUAGUUUAUUAAUGAAACCUAUAUUAAUAGUCUUUUAGAAGUAUCUAAAAAUCAUUAUAGAAAUAGAAGAACUUUACGCUCCACAAUAAUUCACUAUUGCUAAAUUAUUAAUAAAGGAAAAGAGAUUUAUUAUUUGAUGGUUUUCUCUUUAAUUUUUUUUGCUGGAUUAGGUUCUGCGAUAUUUUAGAAGGAGGAUUAAUAUGAAUCAUCAAGUGCUAUAUGUUAAAUAGAUAAACCACCAUUUUCAUAGCCUGAACAAUGUAUAGUUAUCAUACUUUUUGUGCUAUAAACUACAGUUAAUUCACCUGAUAUAUAUUUACCAUAUUAUGGAGAAUCAAGAGCUUAUGUCGCAUAUUUUAUUUUAUUUCAAUUCAUAAAUACAACCUUAAUCAUAAACUUAGUAUUAGCUUUCUUUUAUUCAUCCUAUAAGGAUCUUAUGUAAAAAGAAACUAAAUAAAUUUUAUCCAAAUACAAUCAUAGAUUUAGCCUUUAAACAUAAAAAUUUUUUAGAAAUAGAACAGGAUCUGAUAUUACAAGAAUAGCAGACAUGGCUUCACUUGAUAGUGUAAUUUCAAGAUCAAUUUACUAAAUUUUAGAUGAUAAAUUUUAUGAAAUUUUUAUUGAAUUAUCAUCUUUAAUGUCAUUUGCAAUGAUAUUUGUCAAGUUUUCUAAAUUGAAAUUAUAUAUUUUGUUAGUUUGCAAUUCUAUAAUGUUUGCAGAAUGUCUUUUAUUAUUUUAUUAUAGUAGUAAAAGAAGAUUUUGGAAAAAAAAAUCAUUAAUUAUUGAAUUUGUAUUUUCUAGUUCAAUUCUUCUAUUUAUAAUCCUAAGCUUACUUGGAUAUGAACAUUAGAAAAUUUUGCUUGUUUUAUUAUGUUAUAGAUUAUUAAGAGGAUGCAAAUGGAUGUUAAGGAAUAAAAGCUUUACUAUUUUAAUAAUUUCAAUAACAUCAAUCUUUUAAUAUAUAGUACAAUUAUUUGGUGCAUUAUUUAUUUUAUUUAUGCUAUUUACAGCCUUUGGGCAAUUACUCUUUGGAGGGAAAAUUUUCUUUUCUGAUUAGAAUGAAGUUCAUUAUGAAUUAGCAAAUUUUAAUGAUUUUUUAUCAGGAAUGUGUACAUGUUGGUUUUUGCUUAUAAUUAAUAAUUGGAAUGUAAUUUCUUUUAACUAUGCAAAAAUAUUUAAUACUGAUUUAGUUUAUAUAUUUUUUAUCAGUUUUUAUAUAGUUGUAGUAUUAUUGACUCUUAAUGUAACUAUUGCAUUAUUGAUUGAAUAUAUAGUUUAAAAGAUAAGUGUAAGAAAUUAGACAGAUUAAUCUUCAUCAGAACCAUAGGAUGAGAUGAUUUACAAUUAAUAAACACUAAAAUGA